GUUUCUCUUGUCAACUUCCAUAUGCUGCCCUCCAGCAGUUCAGGUCUCUCCGUCAACUCCAACAUAUCCCAACCGCGUCCACUCUCAGCACUAUCACAAAGACCCCAUUCCAGCGCGUCACGGCGAGCAUUGUCUCGGGCUGAUCAACGGCCACUUUCCAGCUUGUCGAACCGCCCGGUUUCCCGUGUCUCCCAACGCCCCCAUUCGCGACACGCGCGCUCGCGCCUUCUUCCUAUCUGCCAAUCCCUGGUCAUACAGCUGACGGGUUUACGGGAAGACGACGAUGGAUUUCAUAACGCAGUCGAAUAUGCUAUCAAGAGCCUUGAAAGCACCACAAUUACCAAGGCGGCGACAAGCGUGGAUAUGAGUACCAUCGAUAAACAGGUCCAUGGACACGUGCAGAAGGCUCGAAUAACAUCUCGAGAUACACUUGCGGAGGCAUUCGAGACAUGUUACGAACGGCUAAAAGAACGCGCAAUGAAGGACAAUGACUUGGACCAGGAAAUCCAGCGGUCGCGUCUCCCAGAUCAUAUGCGCUUUCUGAUGUCACUAUCUUCUUCUUCGACAUCAUCGACCCUCGCUUUUGCGGAUGCGUAUCUGGAAGGCAUAAACAAUCCUCCAAUGCCACCCCCGGCACCAACUUGGGCAGAACUAUUUGGCAGCGACGAACCUGAAGCUAGCGGAAGUGGUAGUGGUAACAGCAGCCCAUCUCUCUCUCCGCUCUCUGAUGAAUUCGAUUCAUACGACGAGGAUACCUAUUCUUCUCUUGACGAUGAAGAGGAUCAGGCCCUUGACAACCCCCCUAUCGCCAAUAGCCAACCAAAUAAGCCUCCGCACACAUACAACCAUCGAAAGGAAUUUGAACAGCUCAAGUCACGUCAAUACUGGCGGGACGAUUAUGUAUGGACCGGAGAUGCCAAAGGAAAAAAUUUUGAUCUGGGAGAUGCUUCAACUCUGGGACCUGCAUUACGGAGGGUAGUUGCUGACGAACAAGGAGCCCUUAAUAGUCUUGAGCUAAUUCAUGAGAAAUAUAUCGACGAACAAGACGCCGUACGCGAGUUUCUGAUAGCACUUCAAGGUCGCAAGAACGUUAUGUUGUCGCUUAUCGACGGGACUUACAAAGAGACAACUUCAACUCCUCGACUUGUCCAUCUUUCCGCUAUUUCACAAUCUUCUCUCACUUCCGACAUUGCUCGAGUUGCAACGACACUUCAUCAUCUCCGCGCCUUCGUCACGUUUGUCUUGCAGUUGUCUUACCCCGCCCAUUCCCGCAUCAAAUCCCCAAGAAUGGCCCGCACGAUGGAAGCUUUCGCUGACGCCGUUGAUGCUGAACUUCGAAUGCUGGACCAUUGGUGUGCAGAAGAAGAACAGGCGAUCUGCUGGAUCCGUACCGGACAAGCAGCCCCAAACACCAAACUUGUGAUUAGUCUGCUCAGCAUGCAGAAAUCGCUCCAUGACAAGUUUGUCGAUGGAUUUGAUGUGCUGUUGAGUGUGAUUCAAGUAAUCGCUGUCUACGAGUUCCGACAAUAUGCCCUUCUACCAAGAACGCCAGCCGUGCUUAGCGCGCUGUUACUCGACACUUUACUAGAAAAGGUCCAGCUCUAUCGCGAGCAGGACAGCCAAGUAUUGGCGGGGAUGUUGAUGAGAGUCUUCGUGACGACCGCAGAGCCUAUAUGGGCAAUGGUUGGGAGAUGGCUCCGCGAUGGGAUGGGGUUGGGAGGUCGCCCGAGCGAUGUGCUUGACGAAGAAUUCUUUAUUGAGGGUAGUGGCUUGACGGUCACUAUUCCUGGCAUCGGUGGCGGAGGGCUAUUAGACCCUGAUUUUUGGGCAGACGGAUAUAUUUUGAGGGACGGUGUCGCUGGAGGAGGAUCCGACAAUGACGAUGAAGCCUUUGACGCGAAUAUCAAGGCCGUUCCAUCGUUUUUGGACCAUGUUGCUCCACAAAUUUUGGGCUCCGGUAAAGCGGUGGGCCUUUUGCGAGCUCUUGGCUUCCCUCCCGGUGCAGAUGGUCUGUUCGUCAUUCACCAAUGGCGAUCCUUUGGCGCACUUCUAGCAUCCGGCGGCCAGACUAAUGUCGCAUCGCUUUCGGCCGACGCACUUGCCCGACUGAUAUACGAAGAGCUGCAGCCACAUUGCCAUACCUCUGGGACCGUUCUUGGUCAGGUUUUGAUCAAGGAAUGCGAACUGCUUUACCAUCUUGCAGCUCUUGAAGAUUUGUACUUCAUGCGGAGAGGGGAUGCCAUGACACAUUUCACAGACGUGUUGUUUGUCAAGAUGGAUGCACAACAAGCAUGGAAUGACUUCCAUUUUCUCAACAGCGCUUUCCGCGAUGUCAUUGAAGCGAGCAAAGGCAAAGAAUGGGUUCAGUCUUUCCUCGUGCGCUUGUCAUAUAGGGGCGGGCAGAACAACAAUCGUUCGGUCACCGUUUUCAAUAACCUCGUUGUCGAAUAUGCUGUUCCAUUUCCGGUUGCAUACAUAUUUCCGCCGCGGGUUCUACAGGUAUAUGGCGAGGUCUUCGUGUUUUUGCUGCAGUUCCGAAGGGCGAAAUCUCUGCUCGAGCGUAUACUCGUCAGAGGGGCAAAGGUUGGGAGCGAAAUGAAGGCUUUUUAUGCUUUCCGAGGCAGGUUGAGUUGGUUCAUUAAUACCAUGUUAAAUUUUCUCACAACGCAGGUUAUUCACGCUCAAGUAACCGACUUCCACAAAGCUUUUGCGCGAACCAAGUCUUUGGAUGAGAUGGUGGAGGCCCAUAGCAAACACGUUGGAAAUGUUCAUCGUCUCUGCUUACUGGGGGCCCAGACCGCUGCUCUUCAUCGUGCUAUCAUCUCAAUUCUGGACAUCGCCCUCCACUUCUGCAACAUCUUCACCUCCACCACGGGCAAUACCACCGUUACCCUUGACGUCUCCCGCCACUCGCUUGUCUCGCGACGCCAUCACAGUCGGCGACAAAGAGCCCGUCGGAAGAAUGUUGUCAGCUUUUCGAGGCAGGAUGGGGACCUGAGCUCGGAUGAAUCUGAUCAGAGCGAGGAAGACAUCGAUCUGGAAGAUGAAGGACAAGCUGCCACGUCAUUUUCGGUGGACGAACUUGAAACUGGGUUUGGCCAGGUGGACAAGCUCUCGUCUGAGCUGGAUGGCCUGGUGCGAUUUGUGAGGCGAGGGGUGGAGAGUUUGGCGAGUGGAGGCGGAGAUGCCUCGGCGUCGUUUAGCGUGCUCGCCUUCGCACUGGAGGAUUGGGACUUGUAG